GAAGAGGCAUCAGCGUUUUGUCUGAGUUUUUUCGCGACAUCGAAAAAGUCAUUCAUUGUUGUCGGCAGCUGUCAGAAGUGGCGUCAAGCGAUAGAACUAGUAGUUUGCGUUGUUUGUGGGCAGUGCGAUUGAUUGCCAAAUUUUGAAUAAGAGAAAAAUUUGAAAUUUUAGCUGAACAUCUAGUGACUUUGGAAAAAGAAAGAAAGUCUGGAGGCCACACAUACAAGUGAGCAGAUUGUUUUAUGUUUGUGUACUUACGCGUUGAGAUAUGUGAAUACGGUAUGGGCCAAGUGUAAGCAGUGAAGAAAAAUGACCUUUUCGAUGAGAUGUGAUUCCGUGGAACCAGUUCGAAAGUGAAGCGAAAUAAUGGAAGCAUCCGUAGUGAAGGAACCGGCUGAUGAUCCGGUUCCGGCGAAGUGAGCCAUUCAGCUCACGUAACAGUUCUUAUUAGAGGAACCUAAAACCAACCGAUCAACCAACCAACAAACAGAGAGACUGCUCGAAACAACGAAUCUAUUAAAACUGUAGUACUAUCGACACAAAUUUUAGUAAUAAUGAUCUGUCGGAAGAAAAAGUGGUGUCAUUUAUCGACGUAAAGUAGUACUAUUCUAGAUCGGUAGGAAACAUUGAUCCCGCCCGCCUAAUGGACUCGUCCCAGGGCAAUCUAGCGCCCGGGCAAGAGAUACGAGUCGUCAGUGCCUCGGUAGUGGCGCAACUCCAAGCCCAAGGAUUACAGGGCAAUGAACUCAACGCAGCCAUUAUGGCUGCUUCGCAGCCGCAAACUGCUCAACAGCAGGCUAUGCAGCAACAGCAAAUACAGCAGCAGCAACAGCAAAUGCAGCAACAACAUUUACAGCAACAGCAAAUGCAUCAACAGCAACUGCAGCAACAACACCAGCAGCAGCAGCUUCAACAACAACAACAACAAGCUCAACAACAACAGCAGCAGCAGCAACAACAACAACAACAACAACAACAGCAACAGCAGCAACAACAACAGCAGCAGCAGCAGCAGCAGCAGCAGCAGCAGCAACAAGCCCAACAGCAACAACAGCAACAUCAAGCUCAACAGCAACAACAGCAACAACAGCAGCAACAGCAGCAGCCGCAACAACAACAACAACCUCAAGCGGUGAGUUUGUAUGAUCUUCAGCAAUCCGCCAACAAUCAUUUGUUGUCCGGAUUUCAUCGCUCGUUCUCUGCUUCCCAUCAGGCUCAAGUUCAGCAGCAGCAAGCUCAGCAACCGACUCAGCUUCAGCAGAUCCAACAACUUACUCAGAUUCCCCAGCAGCAACCACAGGUGAUCACGCUACAGCAGCUGCAAAAUUUUCUGCCUCAGCAUCAGUUGAACACGAUCACCACUGCCGAUGGGACACCGGUGCAAGUCUCGUCGGCCACUACAACACCUGUUGGAACGCCAGUUAAAACCUUUGUCACCUCACCGCCUCAGGUUCAACAGCCGCAGAUUCUGAAUCUCCAAGGACUGCCCCAGCAAUUCCUUCAGGGUGGACAGUUCAUUCAGAAUCCCAAUGGAUUGUUCCAGAUGAUCCAGCCCGUUCAGACGAUCAACGUCGAUGGGCAGGAGACGCUUUUCGUUCCUGGAGGUAUACAAGGAAACCAACUGGCCGGUGCGCAAGCUGUGCAGAUCAACGGACAACAGGCCUUCAUAACCCCGUCAGGACAACUGAUUCGGGCUCCCAAUGGGGUUGUUCCGAACUUCCUGCAGAACAUGACACAGGCAGUCCAGUUGCCUAAUGCUGGUCAGGCUACGCUUACUAUCCCGGGAACUAAUAUAACAAUCCCUUUGGGUACGACAAAUACGGCCAAUGUUCUAGCGCAUCAGCAGCAGCAACAACAGCAACAGCAGCAGCAGCAACAGCAAGCGGCUGUUGUAGCUGCAGCCAAUGCUGCCGCUGCUAAUCAGCAACAAAACCAAGCCCAAGGGCAGCAGCAACAGGCUCAGACUCAAGCUCAACAACAACAGCAACAGACCCAACAUGCACAAGCGCAGGUUCAGAUUCAAACACAACAACCCGCAACUCAGCAUAUUCAGCAAGUCCAGCCAGCUACCAUUACCAUUCCCGGUACCAAUAUUCAAGUACCCACCUCAGCCGUAACCGCUCAGAACAUUUUGCCUAACAAUAUAACAACCAUUAAACUGGAAGGAGGUCAAAAUGUGCAGGUGCGACAGGCCGGAGCGAUGCCGCAGGUUGUUCAGUUUCCCAUGCAGCAGACCAUACCGGUACAGGUUCCGAUCUCGACCGGUAACGGCCAAACCGUCUACCAGACCGUCCAUGUGCCAAUUCAAGCAUUCGGUUCGGCCCUAGUCCAACCGCAGAUGCAAGUGAUACCACAAAUUCCCCAGGUAGCUAACAUAAUCACGCCAAGCGGUCAGAUACAGCAAGUUCAGCUAACCUCGCUGAAUUCCUUAGCUGGUCUACAGCCUGCCCAAGCCCCGCAGAAUAUAAUACUCCAGCAACCAUCGAACCUGGCACAAUCGUCGGCUCCUACUGCGAUGAAUGCUGGUAACCAACUGGUAUCUUCCCUGCAGGCGGGUACUGUUCAAUCCGGUGUAGCAGCUAGUCAGGACAAUGGUCAACAGGGUCAACCACAACCGCAACCCCAGCACCAACCGAUUACGAUCGCUGGCCCGCAAGUCGGACAGCAGAUCACUGUGAUACCUUCCGGCACGCUGCCGCAGCUGCGGCAGAAUGCAGCCAACAUCAUUCAGAUGCCCAAUAUCCCAGGACUGCAAGCUAUCCCGGUCCAAAACAUUCCGGGCAUCGGAAACGUUCAGGUGAUCCCGACAAAUUUCAUGCAACCGGUUCAACCGCAAACAGCGGCGUCGCAGCCUCAGUUGAACCCGGUCAAUCAAGCAGGGCAAACUAUAUCCCUCCAGCAGGCAGCGGCGCAUCAAUUAUCAAAUAUAAAGCCGGAUCCAAGCGACCCCGGUAAGUGGUACAUCAAGCAGGAAGUAAUUCCGAUCCAACCACAACCGGUGGCUGCGGUGACGACGACGACGGCGACAGCCGUUGGAUCUGGCGGUGGCAGUGGCAUCAAUGCUGGCAACACUGGUGCCAGUGGCACCAGUGUUGGCAGCACGGUAGUUACUUCACUUUCGCAACCGAUGAUCAACACCAGCUUAGCUGGGACGCACCAGAUCAAGGGUGAGAUACUGAGUCCCACGACGCAGACGUCGGUGAACGUGAACAUCAGCGUGGGAAGUGGCGACGGGACGGGGAGUAAUGGCAACGGCGAACAAACGCCCAAACCGCGGGUGCGGAGAGUCGCCUGUACCUGUCCGAACUGUGAAACGAAGGGCGAAGGGCCAUCGGACCGGAAGAAGCAACACAUCUGCCACGUGAGCGGGUGCAACAAGGUGUACGGGAAGACGUCACAUCUGAGGGCGCACCUCCGGUGGCAUACAGGGGAACGACCCUUCGUCUGUUCGUGGAUGUACUGUGGGAAACGAUUUACGCGAUCCGAUGAGCUGCAGCGACAUCGAAGGACUCACACCGGCGAGAAACGGUUCCAGUGCCCGGAGUGCAGCAAGAAGUUUAUGCGCAGCGAUCACCUGUCCAAGCACAUCCGGACCCACAACAAGCUGAAGAAGGACCACGUGCGGUACCUGAUGGAGUUGGGCGAUUCGAUGAAAUCGGGUGGGCUCAGUGACGACGGUGACGACGAUCUGGAAAUGAUGGACGACGACAUGAAGGCGGAGGAGAUUGACGAUGACGAAGAAGACGAAGAAGAUCCGAAUCCGUCGCCAGGGAGUCUUGUCCCUGGACUAGAUAUCCUCGUCAAACCUAAACUGGAACCAGGAGUCGACGGUCCUGGUGGUGUUUCUGCGGUGGCGACCAUGCCGGGACCGACGCCAACGCCUACGGUUGGCCUAAUGGUUGCCGGUGGCCACGCCACCGGAACGAUGCAGCCAGUGGCCGUGACGAAUGGUUCCGGCACUGGCAUAGUUUGGAUUACGUCAGCCCACGCCCCUCUGCUGGGUCUGCAGCAGCCUCCGCCAGCUCCACCACCACUCUACAGCAUCAAACACCUCAACAAUUCGCAGGAAGUGGCAAACUCGGCUCAUUCGGCCUCCUCGGACAGUAAUGACAGCUCGGACGAGAAGAUGAUGAUCACCCUCGGCCCCGACGACCAGGAUCAAUCGAUCGAGUCUAACUAGCAUAUCGAAACGCUGUCCAUA